GGCCAUCGGCAUACUCGUAGUCGCUUUCUGGCGUGCUCGUCAGUCUAGAGAGUAAUAUCGACACGAAAAGAGAUACCGGAGCACAUAAACAAAUAUUCGAAAUAUUUCGAUACACAAUAAAACAAUUGAAUAGAAUUUUGAUUGGGCGCGGCGUUCGUUGCGUUACCAAGCAAAAUGGCUGAAGCGGAAGGUGGCUCCGAGCAGGAUGAUGUUUCAUUCCUGAGAACGGAAGAUAUGGUCACGCUUUCCUGCACAGCGACGGGAGAGCGUGUCUGUUUGGCCGCCGAGGGAUUUGGAAAUCGGCAUUGUUUCCUCGAGAAUAUUGCCGAUAAGAAUGUUCCGCCCGAUCUCUCGCAAUGCGUGUUCGUGAUUGAGCAGGCCCUAUCCGUGAGAGCCCUGCAGGAACUGGUGACAGCUGCCGGAUCAGAGACCGGCAAGGGCACCGGAUCUGGGCAUAGAACCCUGCUCUACGGCAAUGCCAUACUCUUGAGGCAUCACAACAGCGACAUGUACCUUGCCUGCCUGUCAACGUCGUCAUCGAACGACAAGCUCUCCUUCGAUGUGGGUCUGCAGGAGCAUAGUCAGGGUGAAGCCUGUUGGUGGACAGUGCAUCCCGCAAGCAAGCAACGUUCCGAAGGUGAAAAGGUGCGUGUGGGAGACGAUCUUAUUCUUGUAUCUGUGGCCACCGAGCGUUAUCUGCAUACAACCAAGGAGAAUGAGCAGUCGAUUGUCAAUGCCAGCUUCCACGUUACCCACUGGUCGGUACAACCCUACGGCACUGGCAUCUCCCGCAUGAAGUAUGUGGGCUAUGUGUUUGGCGGAGAUGUCCUUCGAUUCUUUCAUGGCGGCGACGAAUGCUUGACAAUACCCAGCACCUGGGGACGUGAAGCAGGUCAAAAUAUUGUCAUAUACGAGGGAGGCGUGGUCAUGGCGCAGGCACGUUCUUUGUGGCGCCUUGAGCUGGCGCGCACCAAGUGGACGGGCGGCUUCAUCAACUGGUAUCAUCCCAUGCGUAUACGUCAUAUAACAACUGGACGCUAUCUGGGCGUCAACGAGAGCAACGAGCUAAUCCUUGUCAAGAAGGAAGAAGCAUCGAUUGCAACGACGACUUUCUGCCUGAGGCAAGAAAAAGACGACGAAAAGAAAGUGUUGGAGGACAAAGACUUGGAGGUCAUCGGUUCACCUAUCAUCAAAUACGGAGACACCACCGUCAUCGUCCAACAUUGCGAAUCCAGCCUGUGGCUCAGCUACAAAAGCUACGAAACGAAAAAGAAGGGCGUCGGCAAAGUGGAAGAGAAGCAGGCCAUUCUCCAUGAGGAGGGCAAAAUGGACGAUUGUCUUGAUUUUUCCCGAUCACAGGAGGAAGAAUCGAAGACUGCACGCGUCAUCCGCAAGUGCAGCAGUCUCUUCACCCAGUUCAUCACCGCUCUGGAGACUUUGCAAUCUAAUCGUCGACACUCAAUAUUUUUCCAAAAAGUCAACCUCAACGAGAUGGUCAUGUGCUUGGAAGAUUUGAUCAACUACUUCUCCCAGCCAGAAGAUGACAUGGAGCACGAGGAGAAACAGAAUCGAUUCAGAGCCCUGCGCAAUCGUCAGGAUCUGUUCCAAGAAGAGGGCGUGCUCAAUCUUAUACUUGAGGCAAUUGACAAGAUCAACAUUAUUACAUCGCAGGGCUUCCUCGCCAGCUUCCUGGCUGGUGAUGAGACUGGUCAGAGUUGGGACUUGAUUUCCACAUAUUUGUACCAGUUGUUGGCAGCCAUCAUCAAGGGCAACCACACGAAUUGCGCUCAGUUCGCAAACAGCAAUCGCCUCAACUGGCUUUUCUCACGUCUCGGCUCUCAGGCGUCCAGCGAAGGAUCUGGCAUGUUGGAUGUGCUGCACUGCGUGCUCAUCGAUUCGCCUGAAGCUCUGAACAUGAUGCGAGAUGAGCAUAUCAAAGUGAUUAUAUCGCUGUUGGAGAAACAUGGUCGUGAUCCCAAAGUACUCGAUGUCCUGUGCUCUUUGUGCGUGGGUAACGGAGUCGCUGUCCGCUCCUCGCAAAACAACAUUUGUGACUUUUUACUGCCAGGCAAGAAUCUUCUGCUGCAAACUCUGCUGGUCGAUCACGUGGCCAGCAUUCGUCCCAACAUAUUCGUGGGUCGUGUCGAUGGCUCCUCCAUGUACCAGAAAUGGUACUUCGAGGUGACCAUGGAUCACAUCGAGCAGACCACCCACAUUAUGCCCCAUUUGCGCAUCGGUUGGGCCAAUACCUCGGGCUAUGUGCCAUAUCCAGGAGGUGGCAAGAAGUGGGGUGGCAACGGCGUGGGCGAUGACCUUUACUCCUUUGGCUUUGACGGCGCCUUCCUGUGGACUGGUGGACGCAAAACCCUCGUUGUGGAUUCCCUACCAGAGGAGCCAUACAUUCGCAAGGGAGAUGUCAUUGGCGUGGCAAUCGAUCUCUCGGUUCCCGUCAUCACAUUCACUUUUAACGGCGCCAAAGUGCGGGGCUGCUUCAGGGACUUCAAUCUGGAUGGCAUGUUCUUCCCCGUGAUGAGUUGCUCAUCGAAACUCAGUUGCCGCUUCUUGUUUGGCGGUGAUCACGGUCGCUUGAAGUAUGCUCCACCCAUGGGAUUCUCAGCGCUGGUGCAGUGUCUGAUGCCCCAUCAGGUUCUCAGCUUGGAUCCGUGCUUCUAUUUUGGCAAUCUUAGCAAAAAUGUGCUAGCUGGACCAUGGCUUAUCGAGGACGAUACACCCUUUGUGCCCAAGCCUGUCGACACCACAGGUGUUUCCUUGCCCAGUUCUGUAGACCAAAUCAAAGAAAAACUUGCCGAGAACAUUCACGAAAUGUGGGCUUUAAAUAAGAUCGAUGCGGGUUGGUCUUGGGGUGAGCAUCGCGAUGACUAUCAUCGCAUUCAUCCUUGUCUCACCCAAUUUGAGAAACUGCCCGCAGCGGAAAAGCGCUACGAUAAUCAACUUGCAGUCCAAACGCUAAAGACAAUCAUUUCAUUGGGCUACUACAUUACCAUGGACAAGCCGCCAGCACGUAUUCGCCCCGUGCGCUUGCCCAAUGAAAUCUUCAUGCAGGCUAAUGGCUACAAGCCAGCACCGUUGGAUCUCAGCGCUGUGACGCUGACUCCAAAGCUGGAGGAGCUGGUGGAUCAGCUGGCCGAGAAUACACACAAUCUGUGGGCACGCGAGCGUAUUCAACAGGGAUGGACUUACGGUCUCAACGAAGACUCGGAGAAUCAUCGCAGUCCCCAUUUGGUGCCCUACUCCAAGGUGGAUGAGGCCAUCAAAAAGGCCAAUCGCGACACCGCCUCCGAAACAGUGCGCACCCUAUUGGUCUACGGAUACGUACUCGAUCCACCGACUGGAGAAGGCACCGAGGCUCUACUGGCUGAGGCACAGCGACUCAAGUUCGCUGCCUUCCGCACUUAUCGCGUGGAGCGCAAUUAUGCCGUCACCUUUGGCAAGUGGUACUUUGAAUUCGAGGUGCUAACGGCGGGUCCGAUGCGAGUUGGUUGGGCACGCGCUGAUUGCUAUCCAGGCGCCAUGCUGGGCAGCGAGGAUACCAGUUGGGCCUUCGAUGGCCACAAUGUGACCAAAAUGCACGCCGGAUCCAUUGAGCACUUUGGUGUUCGCUAUGAAGCUGGUGACGUCAUUGGUUGUUUCAUCGAUGUUAAGGAGCAAACCAUCAGCUUCUCGUUGAAUGGAGAACUUCUCAUGGAUGCUCUGGGAGGUGAGACAACAUUCGCCGAUGUGACUGCUGAAGGAGUUGGCUUUGUUCCCGCCUGCACUCUGGGUGUUGGCCAAAAGGCACGCCUCAUUUAUGGCCAGGAUGUGGACUCCCUCAAGUUCUUUACGACCUGCGGUCUCCAGGAGGGUUAUGAACCGUUCUGUGUCAAUAUGCGACGACCGGUUACCCACUGGUAUACCAAGGAUCAGCCCAUAUUUGAAAACACUGAAGAAAUGCCCGAUUGCCGUAUUGAUGUCACCCGUAUUCCUGGAGGUGCUGAUACUCCACCACAUUUGAAGAUAUCACAUAAUACAUUUGAGACCAUGGAAAAGGCCAACUGGGAAUUCUUGCGUCUCUCUUUGCCAGUCACUUGCAUGAGUGAGUUCAUUAGCGAGCAAGAGAAGGCGCGUCGCUGGGAGGAGAUCAAAAUCCGGCAAUAUCGCCUAAUGCGUGAGGCCCAAGAGGCUGCCGCUCAGCAACAAACCCAGAAUGCUGCACACAUGGAUCACAUGCUUAAGAGUGGCUUUAAUAUGAACGACAUUAAGGGACUUACCCGUGGCAACUUUGAUGAUCAUACCGAACCGGAGGCAGAACACAUGAUGCGUGGUGGACCCUCUCGACCACCACGCAAAGGCUCCUUGACCCGCAACAUUACCUUCGAAUCAGACAUGACAGCCGCUUUGGAUGAGAUGCAACGUUCAUCCUCAGUGCUGGACAUAAAUGGCUUGGGUGAUGAUUUGGAUGAUAAGAAGAAACGUGGACGCAGCCCGUUCAAGUUCUUCUCGAAGAAAUCACGCGACCAGAGUCGCGAGUCCAAGAGCGGUGCUCGAACGGCAGACACCUCUUUGGAACGUCGCAACACGGUGGCACAUGGCAGGAAUGUGGUCAAUCAGCAGAUGACCACAAGGACGCCAACGCUGCGUCUAAAUAACGCUGAAAUCCCACCCAGUCCUGUCCCGCAGGGACCCAAGCAGCUAAGCUCAACUAAUCUGGGUCAGCCACCCGUCGAGUCCUCGGGCAAUGAGAUGUUUGAUGCCGAGUGCCUUAAGCUGAUCAACGAAUACUUCUACGGCGUACGUAUCUUCCCCGGCCAGGAUCCCACACACGUCUACGUUGGGUGGGUGACAACACAAUAUCAUUUGCACAGUCGCGAGUUCAACAAGAACAAAGUGCGACGUGGCUCCGUGUAUAUCGAGGACUACUACGAAGUGCCCAUUGAGCGCAUAGAUCGCCAGAGUUGCUAUGUGGUGCGUGCCGACGAGUUGUUCAACGAGGUAACCCAAGAUGCCUCAGGCAAGGGUGCAUCGCAAGGCAUGUUCGUGGGUUGCUUUGUGGAUACUGCCACUGGCAUUAUACGUUUCACUUGCGAAGGCAAGGAGACCUCGCAUCGCUGGAUGAUGGAGCCGGACACCAAGCUGUUCCCAGCCAUCUUUGUGGAGGCCACAAGCAAGGAAAUUCUACAGAUUGAACUCGGUCGCACUCCUACCACAUUGCCGCUAUCAGCUGCCGUGUUGCCAACCAGUGACAAGCACAUCAAUCCGCAGUCGCCGCCCCGCUUGAAGGUGCAGUGUCUGCGUCCACAUCAAUGGGCGCGUGUCCCGAACACAUCACUGCAGGUGCACGCUCUUAAGUUGUCUGACAUACGUGGCUGGUCGAUGCUCUGCGAAGAUCCUGUUUCAAUGCUGGCGCUACAUAUCCCUGAGGAGGACCGUUGCAUUGACAUUCUGGAGCUGAUUGAGAUGGACAAACUGCUCUCGUUCCAUGCGCACACACUCACUCUGUACGCUGCCUUAUGCUAUCAGUCCAAUUAUCGCGCCGCCCAUGCUUUAUGCCAGCACGUUGACCAAAAACAGCUGCUUUAUGCCAUCAGAUCGGAGUAUAUGAGUGGACCACUACGUCAGGGCUUCUAUGAUUUGCUGAUUGCUCUUCACCUCGAGUCGCAUGCAACGACCAUGGAAGUGUGUAAGAAUGAGUAUAUUACUCCAUUAGGUGCCGAACUAAAGGAGCUCUAUGCCGAGGACGAAAUGCGCCACUCUUUGCGUUCCCUGGUCACGGAAUCUGUGCGUCCUCAGCUGCGUAUGACAGAAAUUACACCCCCUGUGAUUGCAACAUCUAGUAUGCCAAGUGUUUCCAGCGAACCGAUACCCAACAUCGAUCAGUUGUACUCCCCGAAGUUCCCCUUAGAAGUAGUCAGAGAGUUCGUCAUGGAGGCGCUCAAAGAUGCCGUGGAGAUCAAUCAGGUGCACAACCGUGAUCCCAUCGGUUGGACCAACGAAAAUCUUUUCUUGCCUUUGAUCAAGUUGACCGAUCGCCUACUGCUAGUGGGCGUCCUUACAGACGAGGACGUUCAGAAACUAUUAGUAAUGGUUGAUCCGGAAACUUGGGAUGCCACAUUCGCCAGAGAGGGAAAGGACGAGCAUCGUAAGGGACUACUCACCAUGAAGAUGGCCGAGGGAGCCAAGCUGCAAAUGUGCUAUCUCUUGCAUCAUCUCUACGAUACACAACUGCGUCAUCGCGUGGAGAGCAUUAUUGCAUUCUCGCAUGAUUUUGUGGGAGAUCUGCAAACUGAUCAGUUGCGACGUUAUAUCGAGAUUAAGCAAUCCGAUUUGCCAAGUGCUGUUGCGGCCAAAAAGACCAAAGAAUUCCGUUGUCCACCACGAGAACAAAUGAAUCAGAUUCUCUGCUUUAAGAAUCUUGAAGCGGACGAUCAGGAUAAUUGCACCUGUGGCCUUGAUUUGCGCAGUCGCCUCUGCGAAUUCCACGAUCUGCUUAUGCAGAAGGUAUCGCUAAAUGCGCUGCAGGAGCCCGAUGGUACUGAGAUAACUACGAUCGAAGAAAUUAAAACCGGUCCCAUUACGAAAAUUUAUAAUUUUAUUAAUACCGUCAAGGAGCUUGAGGAGGGACCUAAGGAAGUGGAGGAGCCUGAGAAAAAGACACCCGAAGAGGUUUUCCGCAAAGUCUUAAUCAAAACCAUUGUCAGCUGGGCUGAAGAAUCACAAAUCGAAAAUCCAAAGUUGGUACGCGAAAUGUUCAGUCUACUCGUGCGACAAUACGAUACUGUUGGUGAGCUGGUACGAGCUCUUGAGAAGACCUAUGUGAUCAACAAUCGGGCACGAGACGAUGUCGCUGAGAUGUGGGUUGGCCUCAGCCAGAUAAGAGCACUCUUGCCUGUCCAAAUGAGCCAAGAGGAGGAAGAGUUGAUGCGCAAGCGCCUCUGGAAACUGGUAAACAACGCCACAUUCUUCCAGCAUCCUGACUUGAUACGCAUCCUGCGCGUUCACGAGAACGUCAUGGCGGUCAUGAUGAAUACGCUAGGACGUCGUGCACAGGCGCAGAGCGAUGCUCCUGCCCAGACCGACGGAGCCGAGGGUGUACCCUCAAAGGAGAAGGAUACCUCACAUGAAAUGGUCGUUGCCUGUUGUCGAUUCUUGUGCUACUUCUGUAGGACAGGACGGCAAAACCAGAAGGCCAUGUUUGAUCACUUUGAUUUCCUGCUAGACAAUGCAAAUAUUUUGUUGGCCAGACCCAGUCUGCGUGGUUCGACUCCACUGGAUGUGGCAUACUCGAGUUUGAUGGAGAACACAGAAUUAGCUCUGGCACUUAGGGAACAUUAUUUGGAGAAAAUUGCCGUCUAUUUGUCCCGAUGCGGCUUGCAAAGCAAUUCGGAAUUAGUUGAGAAAGGUUAUCCCGAUUUAGGUUGGGAUCCCGUUGAGGGCGAAAGAUAUCUGGACUUCUUGCGCUAUUGCGUUUGGGUUAACGGCGAAAGUGUCGAGGAGAAUGCGAACCUUGUCAUUCGUCUUCUUAUCCGUCGUCCAGAAUGCUUGGGACCGGCUCUAAGAGGAGAAGGAGAAGGUCUCUUCCGUGCCAUUUGCGAGGCAAAUCGUAUGUCGGAACGCAUCUCGGAUCGCUGUAAGAUGCAAGACGAGGCUGAAGGCACCAUAGCCGGGCUGAAUUUCACCCAUCCGCUACCCGAGAGCGAUGAAGACGAAGACUAUAUCGAUACCGGAGCAGCAAUAUUGAAUUUCUAUUGUACGCUGGUUGAUCUCUUGGGCCGAUGUGCCCCGGAUGUAUCUGUAAUCGAGCAAGGGAAGAACGAAUCACUGAGAGCUAGAGCUAUUUUGCGAUCUCUUGUGCCACUGGAAGACCUUCAAGGUGUGCUCAGUUUGAAAUUCACCCUAACACAAACAGCUCCAGGCGAGGAGAAACCGAAAUCGGAUAUGCCCUCCGGUCUCUUGCCCAAUAAUAAACAGAGCAUUGUUCUAUUUCUGGAGCGCGUGUACGGCAUUGAAACGCAAGAUCUUUUCUACCGACUGUUGGAAGAUGCUUUCCUACCCGAUCUGCGUACUGCCACCAUUUUGGAUAAGAGUGAUGGAUCGGAAAGUGACAUGGCUCUAGCCAUGAACCGAUACAUUGGCAACUCGAUUUUGCCACUGUUGAUUAAGCACUCGAAGUUUUACAAUGAGGCGGAGAAUUAUGCCAGUCUGUUGGAUGCUACGCUGCACACGGUCUAUAGGUUAUCUAAGAACCGUAUGCUGACCAAGGGGCAACGUGAGGCUGUAUCCGAUUUCCUAGUCGCGUUGACAUCACAAAUGCAACCUGCCAUGCUGCUCAAGCUAUUGCGCAAGUUGACUGUUGAUGUAUCCAAACUAUCGGAGUAUACGACGGUUGCUCUCAGGCUGCUCACUUUGCACUUCGAUCGUUGUGCCAAGUACUACGGCUCCACUCAAGGCCAAGGCUCAUAUGGGGCCUCGUCCGACGAGGAGAAGCGACUUACCAUGCUUCUCUUCUCCAAUAUUUUUGACUCGCUGAGCAACAUGGACUAUGACCCGGAACUGUUCGGUAAAGCUCUGCCCUGCCUUAUUGCUAUUGGCUGUGCCUUGCCACCAGACUACAGUCUCUCGAAGAACACCGACGAGGACUAUUAUGGCAGGCAAAUGGGCGCUCCCGACCAACCGCAAUACGUGCCCAAUCCCAUCGAUACCAACACUGUGCAUCUUGAUAACGAUCUCAAUUCGUUGGUGCAAAAGUUCAGUGAGCACUAUCACGAUGCUUGGGCCAGUCGUCGAUUGGAAGGUGCCUGGACAUAUGGCGAAGUGCGAUCAGAUAGCGAACGCAAGCAUCCUCGUCUCAAGCCUUACAAUAUGCUCAGCGAAUAUGAACGUGAGCGUUACCGUGAUCCGGUGCGUGAGUGCCUGAAGGGUUUGCUGGCCAUUGGCUGGACCGUGGAACACCAAGAAAUGGAUUUGCCCCAGAAUCAUCGUGGCUCGACGCGUCGUCAGUCGAAGCCCCAAAUUAACGAGGGAAGUCCUUUCAACUACAAUCCACAUCCUGUGGAUAUGAGCAAUCUGACGUUAAGCAGGGAAAUGCAGAAUAUGGCCGAACGUUUGGCUGAAAACUCCCACGACAUUUGGGCCAAAAAGAAGAACGAGGAGCUCAAUGGAUGUGGUGGGGUCAUCCAUCCUCAGCUGGUGCCCUAUGAUCUCCUUACCGACAAGGAGAAGAAGAAGGACCGCGAGCGUUCACAGGAGUUCCUCAAGUACAUGCAAUACCAAGGAUACAAGUUGCACAAGCCCUCUAAGGGUGGUGCUGUUGAGGAAGGUGGAGCCACUCAGGCAGCUGUUGAACUGCGCUUCUCCUAUUCGCUGCUCGAAAAGCUCAUCCAGUAUCUGGACCGUGCUACCAUCAACAUGAAACUGCUCAAGCCAUCGACCACAUUCAGUCGACGCACCUCAUUUAAGACCGCAUCGCGGGAUAUUAAGUUCUUCUCGAAAGUGGUGUUGCCUCUAAUGGAAAAGUACUUCUCAACUCAUCGCAACUAUUUCAUUGCCAUAGCUACGGCAACUAAUAACAUUGGAGCUGCCUCACUGAAGGAAAAGGAGAUGGUGGCAUCCAUAUUCUGUAAGCUGGCCGCCUUGCUGCGCAAUCGCUUGAGCGCCUUUGGUCCGGAUGUUCGCAUCACGGUUCGUUGUCUGCAAGUGCUUGUCAAGGGUAUCGAUGCCAAGACCUUAACCAAAAAUUGUCCGGAGUUUAUUCGUACUUCGAUGUUAACAUUCUUCAAUCAGACUUCCGAUGAUCUGGGCAACACAAUUCUCAAUCUGCAGGAUGGAAAAUACAGUCACCUGCGUGGCACGCACCUCAAGACUUCCACAUCACUGGGUUACGUCAAUCAGGUUGUUUUACCUGUACUUACGGCGAUGUUCGAUCAUUUGGCUGCCUGUGACUAUGGCAGUGAUCUACUGCUGGACGAGAUUCAAGUGGCCUCCUACAAAAUUUUGGCUGCCCUCUAUCAUCUGGGUACCGAUGCCACUUUAACACACGAUCGCAAGUAUCUAAAGACCGAAAUCGAACGUCAUCGACCCGCAUUGGGCUCGUGCCUUGGCGCUUACAGCUCCUGCUUCCCUGUUGCCUAUCUGGAGCCGCACCUCAACAAACACAAUCAGUACUCGCUGCUCAACCGCAUUGCGGAUCACUCAUUGGAGGCACAGGACAUCAUGGUCAAAAUGGAGAGCUGCAUGCCCAAUUUAGAGGCGAUCCUUAGUGAAGUCGAUCAGUUUGUAGAGUCCGAUAAAACAUACACGGAUGCUCCGCAUAUCAUAGAUGUCAUUUUACCCUUGUUGUGUGCCUAUCUGCCCUUCUGGUGGUCCCAGGGACCCGACAACGUCAGUCCCACAAGUGGCAAUCACGUCACCAUGGUAACCGCUGAUCACAUGAACUCGCUGCUGCGCAACGUUCUUAAGAUGAUCAAGAAGAACAUUGGCAAUGACAACGCUCCCUGGAUGACACGCAUUGCCGCCUACACCCAGCAGAUUAUCAUCAACACCUCGGAAGAGCUGUUGAAGGAUCCAUUCCUUCCACUCGCCGAGCGAGUGAAGAAGCGCACUGAGAACAUGCUCCACAAAGAGGAAAGCAUGCGCGGCUUCAUCAAGUCAGCCACCGACGACACUUCACAGGUGGAGACACAACUCCAGGAGGACUGGAAUUUGCUUGUGCGUGACAUUUACUCAUUCUAUCCACUGCUCAUCAAAUACGUCGACUUGCAGCGCAAUCAUUGGCUGAAAGACAACAUACCAGAAGCCGAGGAGCUGUACAAUCAUGUCGCUGAAAUCUUCAAUAUUUGGUCAAAGAGCCAGUACUUCCUUAAGGAGGAGCAGAACUUUAUCUCGGCCAAUGAAAUUGACAACAUGGCCCUGAUUAUGCCCACGGCCACUCGACGCUCUGCCAUCUCGGAAGGCGUCCCCGCAGUGGGCGGCAAGGUUAAAAAGAAAAAGAAGAACAGGGACAAGAAGCGUGACAAGGACAAGGAAGUGCAAGCAAGUUUGAUGGUCGCCUGUUUGAAGCGUUUACUGCCGGUGGGCCUUAAUCUGUUUGCCGGUCGAGAGCAGGAACUGGUGCAGCACUGCAAGGAUAGAUAUCUAAAGAAGAUGCCCGAAUACGAUGUCAUCGAGUUUGCACGCAAUCAGCUAACUCUGCCCGAUAAACUGGAUCCCUCAGAUGAGAUGUCCUGGCAGCAUUAUCUCUACUCUAAGCUGGGCAAAACCGAGGAAAUAGUCGAUGAACAAGCACUGGAAAAGGUCAACACCAAUUCGAAUGAGAAAGGCAAAGAUAAGACCCAGGAGACUGUUGAUCGCAUUGUGGCAAUGGCCAAGGUUCUGUUUGGAUUGCACAUGAUCGACCAUCCACAACAGCAGAGCAAAAAUGUCUACAGGAGCGUUGUAUCGAUACAGAGGAAGCGUGCCGUAAUCGCAUGUUUCCGUCAAACAUCGCUACAUUCUCUACCCAGACAUCGUGCUUGCAAUAUCUUUGCUCGUACUUACUACGAACAAUGGCUGCAGGAGGAGAAUGUCGGUCAAGAGGUUAUGAUUGAGGAUCUCACUCAAACAUUUGAGGAAUCUGAGAAAUCCAAGAAGGAUGAAGAGGAAACCGAUGGUAAGCCGGAUCCAUUGACUCAGCUUGUAACGACAUUCUGUCGCGGCGCCAUGACCGAGCGCAGUGGCGCACUUCAAGAGGAUCUUCUGUACAUGUCGUAUGCUCAAAUUGCGGCCAAAUCUUGUGGCGAAGAAGAGGAAGAAGGCGGCGAAGAUGGCGAGGGUGGCGAAGGCGGCGAAGAGGGCGAAGGAACAAGUAUUCAUGAACAAGAAAUGGAGAAGCAGAAGCUGCUGUUCCACCAAGCACGUCUCUCGAAUCGUGGCGUUGCCGAAAUGGUGCUGUUGCACAUUUCCGCCUCCAAAGGUAUACCUUCGGAGAUGGUCAUGACGACACUCAAUUUGGGCAUCGCCAUAUUGCGUGGUGGCAACAUUGAUAUCCAAAUGGGCAUGUUGAAUCAUCUGAAGGAGAAGAAGGAUGUUGGAUUCUUUACAUCAAUUGCUGGCCUGAUGAACUCGUGCAGUGUCCUCGAUCUGGAUGCCUUUGAGCGUAACACAAAGGCCGAGGGUCUUGGUGUCGGCUCGGAGGGCGCUGCGGGUGAGAAGAAUAUGCAUGAUGCCGAAUUCACAUGUGCUCUCUUCCGGUUCAUCCAACUUACCUGCGAGGGUCACAAUUUGGAAUGGCAAAACUAUUUGCGUACUCAGGCUGGCAACACGACCACCGUUAACGUGGUCAUUUGCACUGUGGAUUACCUUCUGCGUCUACAAGAAUCGAUUAUGGACUUCUAUUGGCACUACUCCAGCAAAGAGAUUAUUGAUCCUGCCGGAAAAGCGAACUUCUUUAAGGCCAUUGGUGUGGCUAGUCAAGUGUUCAACACACUCACUGAGGUCAUCCAAGGUCCUUGCACCUUGAAUCAGCAGGCAUUGGCGCAUUCCAGAUUGUGGGAUGCUGUCGGUGGUUUCCUCUUCCUAUUCUCGCACAUGCAGGACAAACUGUCGAAGCACUCGAGCCAGGUGGACCUGCUUAAAGAACUGCUGAAUCUGCAAAAGGAUAUGAUAACCAUGAUGUUGUCCAUGCUGGAAGGCAAUGUUGUUAAUGGCACCAUUGGAAAGCAGAUGGUUGACACCCUUGUGGAAUCUGCCAGCAAUGUGGAAUUGAUUCUCAAGUACUUCGACAUGUUCCUCAAGUUGGCCGAUCUCAUUGAGUCUCCCAGCUUCCAUGAAAUCGACAUGAAGAACGAGGGAUGGGUCAUACCCAAAGAUUUCAGAGAUAAGAUGGAACAGUCCAAGAACUACACACCGGAAGAAAUGGAUUUCCUUUUGGCUUGUUGCGAACGCAAUCACGAGGGCAAAAUCGAUUACCGCGCCUUCGUUGAGCGUUUCCACGAGCCAUCAAAGGAGAUUGGUUUCAACCUGGCUGUGCUGCUGACCAACCUCAGUGAACACAUGCCCAAUGAGCCGCGGCUGGCCAGAUUCCUGGAGACAGCGGGCUCUGUCUUGAACUACUUCGAGCCGUUCCUGGGUCGCAUUGAAAUUCUGGGCAGCUCAAAGCGUAUCGAGCGUGUCUACUUCGAGAUCAAGGACUCCAACAUCGAGCAAUGGGAGAAACCUCAAAUUCGUGAAUCCAAGCGAGCCUUCUUCUAUUCCAUUGUCACCGAAGGUGGCGACAAGGAGAAACUCGAAGCCUUUGUCAAUUUCUGUGAGGAUGCAAUCUUUGAAAUGACUCACGCCUCUGGCCUCAUGGCCACGGACGACGGCGGCGGCAAUGUGAAACGCGACACGGCCUACAGUUCCUAUAUGAGCGAAGAGGAGGAGGAGCGUGCCGCUCGAGAUCCCAUUCGACGAACCAUUACCGCAGUCAAGGAAGGCCUUAAGUUCGGUGUCCACAUGUUAAGCCCAGCGAAUAUCAAGCAUCAAAUUGGAGUCAUGCAGACCAAAUCCAUACCGGAACUCAUUGUUGGAUUCUUCAAGAUCAUUUUCUACAUGUUCUAUUACACUGGCUACGCUCACUUCUGUGUUGUGCGCUAUAUCUUUGGCAUACUAUUAAAUCUGAUGCGUGGACCGGCGCCGGAACAAGAGGAAUUGGAACCUGUAGUCGAGGAAGAAACGUUUGGACGCGCACUGCCCCCGUUACCGCUUGAGGAGCCUCCAGGUACAGUGCAGGCAUUUGGUUUAGACAUCAACAAAGAGGAGAACGGCAUGUAUAAGGUUGUGGUGCACGAAUCGCCCGCUAACUCUUCAGUAGAAGAGGGCGGUGAAUCAAGUCCCGAAGACGGCGCUGCUGUGACAGGUGAACUGCUGGAGGGUGAGGUCCAUCCUGAACCCAUAUCCAUAGUGGAUCUUCUGGGUGGCGAAGCAGCUAAGAAGGCGGCUCAAGAGCGUCAGGAAGCGCAGAAGGCCCAAGAAGCAGCUAUGGCCUCUAUCGAGGCGGAGGCCAAGAAAUCAUCGGCAGCUCCACAGGAAACACCAGCUGUGCACCAAAUCGACUUCUCGCAGUACACACAUCGUGCCGUCAGCUUCCUGGCCAGAAACUUUUACAAUUUGAAAUAUGUUGCGCUCGUCUUGGCCUUCAGCAUUAACUUUAUGCUGCUCUUCUACAAGGUGACCUCGUUUGCCGAAGAGUCCGAAGGUUCGGGUGAGGAGGAACUGAUCUUGGGCUCGGGUUCAGGAGAUAUACCCGAUAUGGCUGGCUCUGGUCUUGGCGGUUCAGGUGACGGAGGCUCUGGUGAUGGGGACUUUGAGGAUGAUGAUAUACCGGAACUUGUACACGUUGAUGAGGACUUCUUCUAUAUGGAGCAUGUGCUACGAAUUGCUGCCAUGCUCCACUCUCUGGUAUCGCUGGCCAUGUUGAUUGCUUAUUAUCAUUUGAAGGUGCCUUUGGCCAUCUUCAAGCGCGAAAAGGAAAUCGCACGUCGUCUGGAGUUCGAUGGUCUAUUUAUUGCCGAACAGCCGGAAGAUGAUGACUUCAAAUCGCAUUGGGAUAAAUUGGUCAUUUCGGCAAAGAGUUUCCCCGUUAACUAUUGGGACAAAUUCGUCAAGAAGAAGGUGCGUCAAAAGUACAGUGAAACCUACGAUUUCGAUUCCAUCUCGAAUCUGUUGGGCAUGGAGAAGAGCGCUUUUGCGGCUCAGGAGAGCGAGGAGACUGGCAUCUUCAAGUACAUCAUGAACAUUGACUGGCGCUAUCAGGUUUGGAAAGCGGGAGUCACCUUCACGGACAAUGCCUUCCUCUAUUCGCUGUGGUACUUCAGUUUCUCCGUGAUGGGCAACUUUAACAACUUCUUUUUUGCCGCCCAUUUGCUGGAUGUGGCCGUUGGCUUCAAGACACUGCGCACCAUUCUGCAGUCUGUCACGCACAAUGGCAAACAACUGGUAUUGACCGUGAUGCUGCUAACGAUUAUUGUAUACAUUUACACGGUGAUUGCGUUCAACUUCUUCCGCAAAUUUUACAUCCAGGAGGAGGACGAGGAGGUGGACAAGAAAUGCCACGACAUGUUGACGUGCUUUGUCUUCCACUUGUAUAAGGGUGUGAGAGCGGGCGGUGGUAUUGGUGAUGAGAUUGGCGAUCCAGAUGGCGAUGACUAUGAGGUCUACCGCAUCAUCUUCGACAUCACUUUCUUCUUCUUCGUCAUUGUCAUCCUGCUGGCUAUCAUCCAGGGUUUGAUCAUUGACGCUUUUGGUGAGCUGCGUGAUCAAUUGGAAUCGGUCAAGGACAACAUGGAGUCUAAUUGCUUCAUAUGUGGCAUGGGAAAAGACUUCUUUGAUAUAGUCCCGCAUGGCUUUGACACGCACGUCCAGAAGGAGCACAAUCUCGCCAAUUACAUGUUCUUCCUGAUGCAUUUGAUUAACAAACCAGACACGGAGUACACCGGUCAGGAAACAUACGUUUGGAACAUGUACCAACAACGUAGCUGGGACUUCUUCCCGGUGGGAGACUGCUUCCGCAAGCAAUAUGAGGAUGAGCUCUCAGGAGGCGGUGGCGGAGGAUAGUUGAUUUUAUUCAAUUCUUUUUAUUUGUAAGCCAGGCAACAACUACUUUAAAACGAAUGCCAAUGGACGCAGUUUAUAUAUGGUUGAAUAUCGAUAUGAUGAUACUUGUUUGAAUUAUUCUCCUAGUCUAUAAUAAAUAAAUACAUUACAUUUAAGUGAACACAAUCUAUUUUACAUACAUAUAUGUAUAUGAUGGACCUUUUCCAAUAAUGAUGAUGACGAUUCUAGAAUGUAUACACAAAAUGUGAAACAAAAUAGAUAAACAAUGUUCUUAACUCAAA